CUGGGAAGCAGAAGCAAUGCUGGUUUUGGUUGUUGCUGUGGUUUUUUUUCUAUUGGUGUCAUGAACGCGUGCGUUGCUCAUACCCCGAAUGGCUUGGCUGGCUGGCUGGCUAGGAGAGAGACCAGCACCGUGCCGUGAAUUGCGUGUGGUGCAGUGAUUGAUAAAGGGUCGUUUUUGGAGCAUUGGAGAGAGACACAUUGCCAAUGAGAUAGAGAUGCACGUCCAACGUGGAUUGUGGCGAAUUCGGCUGCGUUGCUCAAAAGAUCGGGGCCUCGUUUUCGUGCGGGUGUGCAGCCGAACGCACUCGGGGUAGCUGCAUUGAUUUAUUUUUAUAAAGAAAAAAAAACACAUUUGUCUCCGGGUGACGAUGGCCUGGCAUCUGGACAAGACUACGGAAGGCGACCGCCUGGGCAUGACAGCUGCGAAGGCGAUCAUCGUGGCUGGUGUGCCGUGCUGGGCUACGUUUGACGGUCACCGAGGCUGCUGCUGCUGCUGAUGAAAUGGAGGAAGCCAGUGGUGGUGCUUGUGCAGAGGACCCAAAAGUGGCAGCAGUGGAGGGGGAUGAGGAGGAGGAGGAUCAGGAAGAUGGAGCCUCUGCUUCCCUUGUGCCGGAGGAUGCCGUGGGCUUCCCUGCAGGCAGGCCUCCCCCCGUGCUGGCUGGAGCGGACUGGUCGGCCGCCCUCAGUUUGCCCGAGACUGAGAGCUGGCUGGCACACAUGAGCGGACGUGUGGCGCAACUCGGCCGGGAGGUUCAGAGGGACGUGGAAGGUGUUCGGACUGAGCUUCAUCUGAAGCAGUUCAAGGAGAUUUGCGUGGAGGUGUCGGGCCGCUCGGAGUGCGUGCGCUCCCUGCUGGGGACCGAGUUCCCGCUGAGGCUCCUCUCCCCAGCGUGCGCGGUGCCGGGAGCUGUGCGGCACGCGGGCCAGCGCUGGCACCAGCUGCGAGUGUCGCUUCAGGUGCUCCAGGAACGCCUGCUCCGGGAGAGCAACGGGCGCCACCCGCCCGCCGCGCGGAGCCUGCGAGCGUCGAUGGUGACGGCAUACUGGGACGAUAAUAAGAAACGUGUGUUCCAGGAAGUCAUCGGUAAUAUUGACACCAUACAAGCACGUGAAACAUUGUUUAUAAAAAGUGAGCUUCCCAUUGGUUAUAAUAAUGUUCCAUCGGAUGAAUUGCUUAAAUCUUUUGAGGCUCCGUUACAAUCUUCCUGCUCUGGAGAGGGCAAUCCAGAUUUUGAAAAACAACUCUGUGCAUCAACCAAUUUGAGCACAAAACGUGAAAUAUACGAAACACACUUCUCUAAAGAUUUGAGGAUGGAAUUUUCUGAGCUACCUUGGCCGUCUAAGCAGGGCAAGAAGGAAGAUAAUGGUGAAUGUUCACAGGUCGUUCAGGCAUUACAAAGCGAGCAACUCGUUCAAAGAAUACAGACUGAUACCGAGACCUUGCAGGAAAGGUCUGCACAUCAACUUGUGCCUGAACAAAAGACCACGAGUGCGUUGCUAAAUGAGUCUCAACUCUAUGGAGCGGCCACCAAUGAGGACAGUAUGUUUCAAUCCAGCAAUGUGGCUUCAAUGUCUGUUGAUGGCAACUCAAACAAUUGUGGAACAGACUAUAAGUCGAAUGAUAUUGUUCACUCUGACAUUUCACUGAAUGCAAAGUGUAGGAAAGGUCUGUCAGAAAACAGGUUAGCAGGACAAGAGGGCUCCAGCUCGGUUAACAAAAAUGAAAGUGCGUGUUUCGACGAAGCUGUGUCCCAGGGCUUCUCAAACUCUCGAAGGUCUCUGGGGGCAUUACAACAGAACACAGUUUCUCACGGUAACCACCACAGACAUGAGGUUGAAGUGGAUGAAGAAGAAUAUACUUAUUCCCCUGUUCAUCUCGGUUCAAUUCAUUCAUCAAUGCAUCGAAGAGGUCAUUCCCAAAUGUUCAAUGGAAGUUUGAAGGAUCUGAGAAGCUGCUUACAUUAUAGGGCAGAGCUGGCCACUUCAAACUCACGCCUGCGUAGAAGCAAGUCUGUAAAUAUGAAUAAUUUAUUACCGGCUGGUGAAAGUUCGUUUCGAAGGUUUCAUGGAACCAAAGCAAGUUCAAUGCAGUCUGUUUUAUCCGCUCCAGAAACAAUUGAUUCUUUUAGUAAUAGACUGCCACUGUCGUCGAGUCGUUACUUUUUAGAUAUGGAGUAUGAAGCGAUGCUGGAUUUUGCUUAUCCACUCCAUGAAGAUGGACGAACUCGGGAGGAUACCGAGGAGUUGAAUGACCUUUUGCAUCAAAUAAAAAUCUAUGAGAAUCAUAACCCUACAUGUAACAAAUUAACCAAGCAACAAUUGUCCACACCAUUUUUGAGGGAUGACCGAUCACACGAGCGCACAUUUUGCACAGCUGCAGGUGCAGCCCACGACGUUACAAAUCUCUUGUAUGUUGGUGAAGGUUUCAAAAGACCACCUCAAGGGGAAAGCCUGUCACCGGAUCACAUCUCGGCAUUUAAAGUUAUGCCAGUGAGCUGCCGUGGGAAGAAGCGAAAUCAUAAACGGAAUGUUACAGAGACGGACGAUUGGUAUGGCUCUGAUGAAUACCUCGCAUUGCCCACCCAGUUAAAAGAGGCUGAGGCUGUAGCACAGAAUCUGGAGAACUUGGUGGAUAUGUUAGACACAAGUUCAUUGUACAGAUCAUCUCUGAGCAUUGGUGACCUUGGAACAGCAAGAAGCAUUGCUGAAGACAUCUCUUCUAUUAGAAGUCAGGAUGCAGGUGACCUGAGGCCAAGCCACAAAGAGAAAGAGAUGGGUCAAAGCAAACUGUCAGUUUCUCUACCACAUGAAAGACCACGGAGUGUGUGUGACUCUGUGGAAUCUGGCCCUCUUUGUGAUAUCAUGUCUGAUGGGAUGUCACCUGUACAAUUCUCAACCAGCAGUUAUCAAGGGGGUGGGUUCUGUGGAUCUUUAAACGAACACCAAAACCUGGGCAGUGAAAGUGCCCGGAGCGUCCAGCAAACCGGCUGGAAGCCACGUGACGCGAGUAGUCCAGUCAGCGAGGGGAGACCCCCCACCCUGCAGAACUGUGGUCGCCACCAAUCGCAGCUGAUCAAGGAGAUACAAGAUGACAUUGAGCACCAGAUCAACAACACAGCCAUCUGGGAAAAAAUCGAGAUGUUUGUAAAGAAACUUGAUGUGCUGAUUGACUGGCUGUACGAUGCCAUGGAGACAACCGAAAACUGGACACCCCCAAAGGCAGAAAUAGACAACCUGAAGGUCUACCUGGAAACCCACCUGUGCUUCAAACUCAACGUGGACAGUCAUUGUGCUUUGAAAGAGGAAGUGGUACAAGAAGGCAGGAGACUUUUGGAAAUCCUUGUUUCUCAAAAAUCUGGUCUGAGGGACACGCUCGAUCGCAUCGAGAGCCAGUGGCAGCAGCUGCAGCAGCAAAUCUGCCGGCAGCACGGCUGGGUGCAGCGCGCCCUCGCAAUCAUCAAGAGUGACGUCCUCACAGGCGCCGAGGCGCUGUCGGAACGCGGGGGCCUCGAGAUCGUCGCUGCCGGUGCUUCGCAGGUUAGAUUUCUAAGCGAAUGACGCCAUUCUUUGACCAGAAGAAACUAAUUAUUGAUCAAGACGCUGAUACCAACGCAUGCCCUGUUUACAACACAUGGCAAGAAAAAAAAGCAAUUAUUUCCCAGUAGAGAUGAAACACGUAGAGAGAUGAUUUCAUCAGAUUAUGAAAAAAGCCUGCUUUCAUGGAUAUAAACAUUAAAGAGCUGCUUCUGUACCUAGCGUAAGUUAAAUCAUUUGAUACAUUGCCGGAUCGCCACUUUGAUGUAAGACAGAGUUCAUUUAAAGGUAUUGCAUAUUAAACUGGAAAACUGCAUGAUCGUUUGAAGUGCUCUGUAAUUAAUGUUUGCCAUUGAUGUUAGAGUUCUGUUGAUUUAUCCACUGGAGCCUGGAAGAUUGUCCCUACAUGAUACUGGCUGUAAACAAUUUAAUUUGCGCCACCUUAAUUACAGUUUAUAUUAAAGUUAAUUGCAUAAAUUAAUUGAACCGCAAGUAAAUGCUUGCUUUGAGCAGUGAUCUUGACUUGAUUACAUUUUAAUUAUCCAGAUUUUACAGCACUACACUUGCUGAAAAAAAUAUCCUCUUGUCAUCCUACAUGCGUUUUUUUUAAAAUACUAAAUGCAAGUUUUUUUUAAAGCUGGAACUUUUAUAUUCGCAGUGAUACAAAGAUGUAAAAAUAAAGUUCCGGUUUAAAAAAAAAAUCCAUUGAAACUUUUUCUCACGCGCAGACAUAUCGCUGUUGACAUUGCGGAAAAAGCAAAACUUUUAUUUUUAUGGCGGAGCAGACCUCUACCGGCGACGCCUAAAUCGCCCUCAAAAUCCAUUACACUCACAGUAGUCCGUGCAAGACAAAUGCGUCACAGUGCACUGGGUUUCAUUCCGGCUCCACAUGAGUGGGAGAGUUCCCACUGUCAAGCAGUGAACAGACAGCCAACUGCGCAGACAACACCCCGAAGUUGUGUGGCUACAACGCACAACAGAAAGUGAGCAUUUGGGGGGUAAUCUUGGCUUUUUGAUUUGUAUCUGUAUAUUAUAUUGUUGUUCGAUGGUUGUGGUUAGUCCCCCAUAUUUCGCAAGAACAUAAAAAAAUACGUGCGGAGCAUUUAAAUGCAGCAAUUGUGCAAAUGAAUUGGCAAACGUUAUUAUGUAUGGAUGAAGGAAGCUAUUUGCACGAAAAAAGUGAAUGCAAUGUUUGUGCCUGUAUGAAAUUGUUGUUAAGUGUGGCUAUACAUUCCCCCCCGACAGAUGAAGGUGAUUUUUUAAGAAGCAUCAUCGGAUGCUAUGUUUCCAUUGCGGCAUUGAAUGAGAUGUUGUGUGCAUUAAAUAUCCUGAAAAAGUUCUUAGACGUAAAGUAAUGGGUCACACAGGCACUUAUUAUGCACAAGAGACUUGUUUCUAAUUGGUUUGCAUUUGGUUGUCGGUCAACUUUAGAAAAAAUAUUUCAGAGAUUCACACAACAGCAAAAUUGACGUGCAUUACUCCUGUUUACAUUGUGCCUGCUGCACGCUUUUAUUUUAACUGGAUGAAUGAUGCGUCAAACAAUUGCAAUGGAAACAUCGCCCGAUACCACGUUAGGUUGUGUUUUGUUGUUGUUGUUGUAAAAUUCAACUUGUGUACAUAGAGAUUAAACAUUUGUACGUAUAUUUACAAAUGUGCGGCACGCAAACAAAUUACUAUUUUCAGAAAGAUAAAAUCAAAUAACGUGUUAAAUACUUAUGAACUAAGUUAUGAAUACAACAAAUAGUAUUACAUCUUCAGGAAUAUUUUAACAAGCUUGCAUACAGAUUAAACAUGUUUGCUUAAUUAUUUAAUUCAGAUAAAAUAUAUUGGGUAAAAUUUGAUGAAGAUAAGGGUUAUAGACCAAGAAGAAUUUCGGGGUUGGUUUGUAUUUUAAAUGAUUAGAUUUUUCUUUUUUAGUACAGACUUUAUCCAGAGUAAUUGCACACGCCAAUAUUAUAUAUAAUGAAUGUUACUAAUUUAACAUUGAUAUGUUCUGCAAAUUGUGUGCACGCUCUGCGUUAUGUGCACAAAUGUUCACAUCAGACAUUGUGUUUAUAGCAUCCGAUAUAUUUGAGUAUUUUUAAGAAUCUUUAAAGUUUGGCUGAUAUAUCUUUCACUGAUGGGAAUUUUUUUCUCUUCACAUACCAUCAUAUCUUUCGGUAUACACCAUGUUAAACUGCAAAUAUUGUGUAAAACCAAUGUUUUUAUUGCCAUUAUUAAAGUACCUUGCAUAGGUCAAUCUGAAGUGAAGGUCAAAUGCUUACAUGAAGGAUGGAGCAAAAUCAAUGUGCUUCUUUAGCCUACCAACUUUGUUAGUAUGCAGGUCACUUCUGCAUUGCCUUCAAGCAUGUUUGCACAAAAAGCUACACAUAAAGGGCAAGCAACCAGCAUUUGAAUGCAUUAACCGAACGUUUGCUCUAAUUAAAUGCAUUCGGGUAGCAAACAGAUAUCAAUAAUUCAAUGCGCGUGACCUAAUCAUUGCAAAAUUAUUUAUUUGUUUCCCAAGCCAAGCUUCGUAAUAUAAAAAAGGUUUUGGGGGGGG